CAUCAUAUUGGUAUGAAACCCUCAUUUUUAAUUAUUUUUUCUUGACCAACUUUCAUCAAAAGCUUCUCACGCCUCACUCAAAUAAUCAAAAUAUUCUUAGUGGCCAGUCCAGUAAAGGUAUUUGUACCUGCAGUAAAAUAAGGAGAUGACAUGUGUAAACCAAAAGUGACGUACUCAUCCCCUACUUGAAACUACUAUCAACAAAAAAAUAUAUAUAUUGCUUCACCCUCUUGCAAUCCCUUUCUUAUCCGAAACCCUAAUUCUGCCUGCCGAGUGAUUAUCCAGAACUCCGCCAUUCAUCUUCGUUUACCAUCAAAACGUUAUAGUCCACGAGUAUGCGCAUAUGCAUGUCGAUAUACUACAUGAUUUUGAGAUGCAUGAUGCAUAAUCCAAACAGUAUGCAUGUAUGAUGGUAGCUAACUAGGGUUUUAGAACUCAAAUGAGAAAUGAAGUGCAUGGCAAUUCUAUGCAUGUUCAUUCUGUCUUCACUUUAAGAAACUAUAUUUACUGUUUUUCUCUAUUUGUUGAAGGUGAGGUCACUUCUUUCUCUCCAUCUCUCUCUCUCUCUCUCUUUCUCUCUUAAACCUUUUUCCACUUCUAUAAACAUCCUUGAUAUUUCAUUCUUCAUCCCCCUCCUCUCAUCAACAUACACUCUGUACUCUCUCGAACAAUCUCCCCUUUUAUUCCUAUCAGAUAAAACCAGGUUAAAACAAAGAAAGUGUUCAGGCCAUGCAGCCGACUGAGCUUGCAGAACUCAGGUACUUAGCGCCUGCAAAUCCAUCUCCUUAUCCUCCUCACACUGAUAACUUGAGCUCCAACAUACAACACAUCCAGUACUCAAACAUAUUCUUAGGUCAAUUACCACCCCAUUCUCAUAUACCUGCUCCGUUUCACGAAUUAACGCAACAAUUCUCAUGUCUCAGCAGUAAUUCAACUUCUGAUGAAGCAGAUGAUAACCAACAACAGACUGUUGUAGACGAGAGGAGACGGAGGAGAAUGAUAUCAAAUAGAGAAUCAGCUCGUCGGUCAAGAAUGCGUAAGCAGAAACACCUUGAUGAACUCUGGUCACAUGUUCGUAGGCUUCAAUAUGAGAAUCGUCAGCUCAUUGAUAAGCUGAACAAUUUUUCUGAUACCCAUGACCGAGUUCUUCAAGAGAAUACUCGACUCAAAGAGGAAUCUUCUGAACUUCGCCAAAUGCUAAGUAGCUUGCAACUUGAUCAUCAAUAUGAUGCUUUGAGAGCUCUAGAAGAAGUACCACGCAGUACUCACCUUAUAGACGAAUCGUCAAAUCAAUCAAUCUCUAGUUCUAUCGAUUUGCUUCAUUAGAAUAAGAAUCGUGUUUCUUUUCUUUCUCGUUCUUUUUGUUUCUCUUUCACCAUUUUAUGUGUACCUUCUUCCUUCUCGUGUCAUAAGCCUUAAAUCAGUUGAGCUGUAUGAGUUUAUAAAGGAAACAGCAAAAUAACAGCUUUUUGA